AUGGCGGCUGCGGCCGAAGUGCAGGCUCUGCUACGUUUCUUAACAAAGGACGCACGCAUCCCGUUGGCGGAGGCCAUGCCAAAGAUCAAUGCUCUUCGCAAACAGCAGCUUAACACGCCUGAAAAUAUUGCCAAAGCUGAUGAGGCCGAUGUUCAGUCUGUCUUCACUGACGAGAAGGUGCUCAAGCAGGUGAUCAACGCGGCCAAGCGUGUCUCGAACCCUAAGAAGCGAGCAUCGGUACAAUCCAGCGCUCCGUCGUCGAAGCGCGUCAGGACCGAAUUAGGGCCUGCCGAUGAUGAGGCUUUGCUUGCUCCGCCCCAGACAGAUGUCCCACUGGAAAAGCUCGAGCACGUCAUCAUUGAGACAAAUCGAGCACCUCUCUUUCUCGCCUUCACCAUAACCGUCCUCGCAUACACACACCCCGAGCAGCCUGUGUCCAGCCGAUGGAGUCUGGCACAAGGUGUGGUCAGCGCAGGCGCGCAGAGUAAAGCCAAAUACCUAGGCCUUACGAGUGGGCCUACUGCGGAAGAAGAUGGUUGGGCACAAGGGCAGCCGAAGGUCAAGAUAAUGGGUCGUGAAAUAGCGGUGAUGCGCAGGCAUGUGGCUGGCGACGUGGACGGUGAUGCGACCACUCCUGGUAAUGCUUUCUGGGCGCUUGACCUUGAAGCACUUCGCAAGUCGAACGGGCCGCUGAUCGCGGGCAAGGACCUCAAGCGCUCCUCCGGACCUCCCAUCCACAACGCGACCGCUCCGAGAAACUAUCUCCUGAAGUCCAUGAUGAUAAUUGAUCCCGACCCAGCGCUGGCAAGUGAGACAACUGAAGGUAACGGGGCGAUGGCGAAGAAGAAGAGUACGCAUGAAGUCGUGAGGAAGAAGGAAGAAGCCGCAGCCAUGAUGCUGAAAGCUAUCGAUGCAGUCUGCAAAAGCUGGACAUCUGUUCUAACCCCAGAGCAACUCGAUCAGAGGGCACAAACCUGGUACACCCGCGUUCGACCCGAUGUCGAACAAGGUCAAGCAGGCUGGGGACAAAGAGGUCAAGUGCGCCUCGCCGACAUAUUGAGGCUUAGAAAGGGAUAA